GUAGGAAACGUAGCCCUUAAACUCAAGAGUUAAACUACGUAGACCAUAAUGCAAAGUAGAAAAUGACAUCACUCAUCUCGACAUCGGUCUGCUGCCAGUCUGACAGCUGAGGAUUUCCAGACGUGGGAUACCGGCUCAGUACGGCCUUCUAUUAUCGAAACGUUGGAGUCUACAUUGUGUUUAAAUGGCGAAAACGUACGAUUAUCUUUUUAAACUGUUGCUCAUCGGUGACAGCGGAGUCGGCAAGACAUGUCUGCUGUUCAGAUUCAGCGAGGAUUCCUUCAAUACCACCUUCAUAUCUACAAUAGGCAUAGACUUCAAAAUCAGAACAAUCGAGCUGGAUGGAAAGAGAGUCAAACUUCAAAUUUGGGAUACUGCAGGGCAGGAGAGGUUUCGCACCAUCACUACAGCUUACUACAGAGGAGCAAUGGGCAUUAUGUUGGUCUAUGACAUCUGCAAUGAGAAGUCCUUUGAAAACAUAAAAAACUGGAUUAGAAAUAUUGAAGAGCAUGCCUCGUCUGAUGUAGAGAAGAUGAUCCUGGGUAACAAAUGUGACAUGGCUGACAGGAGACAAGUGUCCAAAGACAGAGGUGAAAAACUGGCUAUUGAUUAUGGAGUUAAGUUCUUGGAAACCAGUGCAAAGUCUAGCCUAAAUGUAGAAGAGGCUUUUUAUAACAUGGGAAGGGACAUAUUACACAAUCUGAGCUCAAAGACAACUGACAACAGUGCCGGAGGAUCAGGCAAACCAGUCAAGAUCACCGAGAAAAAGUCAAAGAGGAUAAAAUUCUUCAAGUGUUCGCUCCUCUAGGUUGCUCAGCUCUAGUGUUCACGACUCUAGCAUGACUUUGCUGUUUUGGCGGGCUUCUGCCUCCCGGGCAUCCUCGCAGCAGCGGCAGCAGUGGUAAUAUUUAGAGGGCCUUAAUGCUAGCUGAAGCUCACGGGUUCAAAAGUGGUUGAGAUGUCAUCCUGAUCUGCUGACCAGAAGGGGAUCAAUGAGGAAUGACGCCUGAUACUGUAUAUCCGCUCAUGCAAAAGACUUGUGCGUGAUCAUCAGCAUUGGUUUGUAGCUGGCCUUGCCCUGGUCUGCUCACAGGUGAUUCUGUUGGCAUUUGUAAUACCUCUGUUGGAUCUUAUGAAAAUAGACUUUAUUAAAUAUAGUAAAGUU